AUGCAUCAUUUGUAUCCACUGGCCAAGGGCGACCCAAUGUGCCCGCUGGGGUUCCACCCGCAGGUACGGUGGCCGACGCGCUGCAAGCGUUGUUUCCGCGACUACAAGGAGCAUGGCGGCGGCCGCAAACGAGAAGAAGACUUUGCUGCUUCGACACCUAGCCUCUCCACUUGGAGCUCGCCAGCCUCACGGAGCCGCGAGGAAAAUGUUGCGGGUGCUGAAGAUAAGGCGAAUCGCGGCUGGGCUUCCACAACAAAUCUUAAUUCAAUUGACACGCCUAAGAAAGACAUAUCCACUUCAGGGUUGAACAAAACCAAUACAUCAUGGACGUCGACGCCGGACCUGGCAAACGAUGACUGCACAACUGCGGUCACCGUGAGCCUUAAGUUACCCAAACGACGGUCCACGGGUCCAAUACCCUCCUUGGAUACUGGUCAGAAUGUUACAGACACUGUGUCAAUACGUCGACCAUCGCCGUCCCCGCCGCCGCCAGCCAUCGCCACGAUCACAAUCAACAAGAAUGACUCACUGGCAGAACGUGUUCGAAAGAUGCAGCUAAUAAAAACUCAGAAUAGUUUUGAAAAGGAGUCUAGUUUAGAAAAGGAAAGAGAAAAGAGAAGUACUUCUAGAAGUAAAGAAGAAGAAAAGCCAGUUAAACUAAAAGAUGAACGAACAUCCACCAAAGACGAUGUAAAUUUUUUAAUCCAGGUAAAAAAUUCUCGUAAUCUAUCAGCUACCUCAAAGCCUCCUGUAAGGGGGGGACCGUCACGAGAUAAAGAUGAAAUAUCUGACGAUGAUGCAAGCACUGCCGGGACGGUAACGACGGAUACCACGCUCGUUGAUGCUAAUAUUAAAGACUAUCAGGACCAAAUAGAAAGUCUAAAACAAGAAGUGGAUACGCUUAAAAGGAGAUGCGAACGAGUUGAAAAAGAAAAAAGUGAUAUUCUGCUUAGAAGGCUGGCAAAUAUUGACACGGCAAAUAAAUACACUACGGGACGAUCUUCUGAAGUUUUAAAAUUACAACAAAAAGUUAAUGAGCUAACAACACAAAAUGAAGACUUAAGAGACGAGAAGAAACAUCUAACACUUAGAGUGAAAGAGAUUGAAGCAGAACUUGAGUCACGGCCGUCAGUGGAAGCUCAAGCAAAACAAAUCGAGCAGUUAAGAGCAAAACUCUUGGCGGCGGAAACAUUAUGCGAAGAGCUUAUGGAUGAAAAUGAGGAUAUGAAAAAAGAAUUGAGAGAUCUUGAAGAGGAAAUAGAAGAAAUGCAAGAUAAUUUUAGAGAGGAUCAAGCAGAUGAAUAUUCUUCCUUGAGAAGAGAAUUAGAACAAACAAUAAAGAACUGUAGAGUUUUAUCUUUUAAGUUAAAAAAGACUGAAAGAAAAGCUGAACAGCUUGAAAUUGAAAAGGCUGAACAAGAAAAGAAACUGCUGGAGUUAGUUGGUGGUCAAGAAGGAAUGCAGCGUGAAAACCGAAUUAAGGAAUUGGAACAAGAAGUGGCUCGCUCAACAGAGGUGUCGCUGCGAUUACAACGCGACCUGGCGGAAGCUAAUGCAAAACUUGCGGCCGUUUCUGGUGCUCCUCCAGCUAAUUUAAAGAAACACACACCACCCGCUGACGGUCAAAAGGUUUCACGGUCGUCAUUAACUCGAGGUGGUAGCCAGGAGGACCCAGCUCAGUUACUUCGAGAUCUACAAGACUCAUUGGAGCGCGAGGCUGAUUUGCGAGAACAAUUGCGCAACGCUGAAGAAGAGGCAAAUAACUUGCGUAAAACUGCAUCAAGGGUUGAGGACGACAAUGAGUCCUUACUUCUACAGCUGAAGAAAAUGGCUACCAAAGCCAGAAGUCGUAAACUUUCACCAACACCUCCGAAUAACAGGCUUGCUAUUGAAGCACCUAACGAAAAAGAUGAAGGAAUAUCAGACGAAGAAGACCCUGCGGAAUUACGACUCUUGCUGGAACUUAAUGAACAGGAAUCAGCGGUCUUGCGGCGUAAAGUUGAGAAAUUAGAACAAGAUAGAGAUUCCUUAACGAAACAAGUUAAGGAGCUAACGGAUAAAAUCUCAAAUAUUAAUACUAAGCAAAAUACUACUUCAAGCACAGGUUUUCGACGAAAUACUGGAAAAACUAACAAUUUAGCCGAAGAAAAAGUAAAAGUUCUAGAAGAUGAGAUAGCGGAACUGAGAAAAAAAUUAAUCGAAAAAGAAAGAGACUGUGAAAGGUUACACGCAGAACUUAGUCUAGCCCAAAAAAAACCAAAAGCAUCACUUAUAAAAAGCAAGUCACUUGAUGCAGCAAGCGAAUUACAAAAUGUGGAUUUAAAAAGACAACUACAAGUAAUAGAACAGGAAGCAAAUGUUUUAAGAGCUAAAACGCAAAGCCUUGAAGCAGAUAAUGAAAAACUACAAGCAGAAAAUAAAAGAUUACAGCUCUUGAAAAACGCUAAAACUUUAAAGUCUGAUAAAAACUUAGAACAAUCUUCUAUUAAGGCAAGCCAGUUAGAAAAUGAAUUAAAGGAAGCAUUGGCAAAAAUCAAGGAUUUAGAAAGUAUGAAAGACAAAGACGACAAAAUUGAAAAGAAAGUAAGAUUUGGGAGCGAUGUGAACAAAAAAGAGACUGAAAGCUUAAAACUAAAACAAGAAGAACUAGAUAAAUUAAAACUCAACUAUAGUAAGCUAGAAAAAGAAAAGACAAAACUUCAAAUGACUCUAAAAGAAUUGAAAGAAGAUGCAAUUAAAACGUUCAAGCCAAGGAAUCCAAAAAAGCCUACGGAUCAAACUACUAAACUGCAAAUGAAAAAAAUGGUAGAAGAAUUAGAAAACGAAAUUGGAGAAAUGUAUAUUAUAAUGAAGAAUGCUGGCCUCUCAGGUGAAGAUAUUAAUGCCAAAAUCCAAAUUGAAAAGGAUAUAGAAGAAUUAAAAUCAAAACUAUCAAGAAAUGAAAAUGAAUUCAAGAAUGAAAAAAAUCGCUUACAAACAGAAAUCGCAAAGUUAAAGGAUAUAAAUAUAAAAUUAGAAGCAGACAAAAUUUCUUAUCUGGAAAAAUGUAAGAAGUUAGAAGUUGAAGUCAACACUGGUAUAUCAGAAUGCAAAAUACUAAAGGAUGAAAAGAAAAAUUUAGAAACUCAAAUAUCUAAGCUAAAUGCGGAUCUCGAAAAAACUUCAACGCAACUAACUGCAAUGUCUGACUGUAAGAAAAAAAUUGAACAACUCAAAAAAGAAAUGGACGAUAAAGAUAAGGAAAUUGAUAAGUUAAAAAAGCAAAUAGAAAAUAUAAAUAAAUUGGAAAACGAUAAAAAUAAGUUAUUGAAAGAGGUCGGUGAUAAAACAAAAAAGAUUAUUGAUUUAGAAAAGAAACUUAAGGAUACAGAAGAAAAAUGCAAACGAAGUGAAAAGUUGCUGUCUGUUCAAAAAGAUCGUGUUGCCAAAUUACAAAAAGAGCUGACAGAAGAGAAACAGCAAGCAGAGGCUCUUAUUAAUUCUCGCAGACGUUCUUCUAUCGAAUUCACAAGCGAAAAAGACGAACUACAAACAAAACUAAUUAAAUCAGAAAGUAAAGUGAUUUAUCUAGAAACGGAUUUAAAAGAUUUGAAAAAUGAAUACGAAAAUAAAAUCGUAAUUCUGGAGUCAACUAUUGCAGCGAAAGAUACCCAUAUUAAGCAACUGGAAGAUACUUUACGAGAAACAUCUAAUAAAAAAUACGACGAUACAGUUUCCUCGGCAGAAUUGUCACAAAUAAGGGAAAAAUAUGAAACAACAAAUAAAGAACUUCAAGAGAAAGAAAAAGAUUUAGAAAGGGCUAAAGAAAAGAUAAGUAAUAUGGAAAAGGAAAUUUCUAAUUUACAUACAGAGGCAACACGUCUUAAGUCAGAGGUAGCUAAAUUUGAAAGUGAACGUAAAGAAUUUGAAAACAAACUCCAAACCGAAAAGAAGGAAUCUAAUUAUUGGGAAAAGAAAACAUCUGAACUCGAAAAUGAUUUACAGGCCGAGCGGAAAAAAAUUGAUCGAAUAAGAACUAAUCACGAUAAAGAUGUUAAAAACAAAGAAGCUGAAUUGGCAACUCUUAAAGGCAAAUUGAAAGUAUUAGAACAAACUUCUGGGGCUGGAGCUAAAAGGAUAGCUGAUCUCAAGCAAGAACACGAGGAAAGCGUUAAAAAAUUGGAACAUUCAUUGGCUGUGGAGAAGGCAGAGUACGAAGAGUUGACGAGUAAAUAUGAAUUACUAGAAGAGGAACACGUUGUAACUAAAGCUAGACUCACGGUGGAAAAGGAACAAGCACAAGGGGAACUACUGCACGUAAGAAAAGAGUUAAAUACAACACUAGCUGAAAUGAAAUCACUACAAGAAAAAUUAGAUUCACAAACUUCGAUUUGGAAUAAAGAAAAAUCGGAAUUACAGAUUGAAAUAUCAUCGCUGCAAGAACGAUUGUGUGGUGGUGGCUGGGAAGUCGAACGGGCGCGGCUGAACGCCCGUCUAGAACAGCGCGAGCGCGAGCUCCGAGAUGCACAUGACCAGCAUGAUGUGCUCUCGCAUCAUCACGACCUCACAAAGAAAGAGUUGGAGGAAGCACGUAAGAAACUUGAAGAUUACGAAAAAGUGAGCAAAGUACAUAGGAACUUGUCGGCAGACAACGUAGAAUUAGAACGUGAAUUGGCGGCAAUGAAUUCUCGACUCGAGCAGGCUGACAAGGCGAGAAAAUCAGAACUCGCAGACACUAAAAUGAGAUACGAGGGACAAAUGAAUACGAUGCGCGAGGAACUGAAGUCAUUACACAAUCAGGUAUCUCGGUUCAGAAGAGAACGCGAUAACUACAAACAAAUGUUAGAAGCGGCUCAAAAAACAAUGGAAGAAUUAAAAACAAGUGGUAAAAGGACACAAAGGGCGUCCAUAUCAAGUACCGACGAGGAAGAGUACAAAAACAAAGUGGCAGUUCUAGAACAACAAAUGGCUUGUCUUGAAGAUGAACUAUGCGAGGCCCGAUUGUUAUCAUCAAAGCUCAACACCGAACUUGUUAGUGAGCGAUCACAAGCAGAGGUUCGUCUAGCAGAAAUGCAAUCCAGGCUCAACGAAUACGAGGAAGAACGGCUAAUGUCGUCAGGAAGGGCGCGGGUAGCUGGUUUGGCGACGAGAAUGGAGCUAGCGUGGCACAAGGAGCGCGACGAACAGCAACGUCUACUGCAGGAGACUUCUACACUCGCCCGCGAUUUGCGCCAGACACUUUUCGAGGUUGAGCGUGAAAGAGAUAAGGAGAGGCUGGAUAUGAAGAGAAGAAUAGAACAAUUGAAGCGAACGACAGAAGAAGAGAUUGAAGAGGCCAAGAAAAAGGUGACAGAGCUACAGUGCGAUCUUCUUGAGUUGCGCGAUGCGCACGCGAAGCUUCGCACGGCCAACGAGAAGCUGCGCCGCGACAAGGAGCGCCACGACCGCGACCGCGACCAGAACAAACUUCUAGUCGCAUCGCUUAAACGCGCGCAACAGGAAGACGAUAGAGUCAUAAACCAACUGCUGGAAACAAUUGAGGACCUUAUGAAGCAAAGUCCCGACUUAUUCCGCAGCGAGCCGUCCACCAAACCAGAGAAAACACUUAUGACUCCGACACCUCCCAGGCGUAACAGAUCAUCGAAGUCGCGGUCGCGUUCGGCGACGCCCGAGAGCGCGGAGGCGAGCAGCGCGGCGAGCGCGGCGGCCACCGCGGCGCGCCUGCGCCGCCUCACCCACGAGCUGCGCGCCUCGCGCAUCGCCGAGCGCACGCGCCGCCAGCAGGCCGCCGGGGUGCGACGAGGUAUGACUGGAGAGCCGCGGGAUGCGAUGUCAGUGACUCCAGCCACACGAACUCCUUCACGGACAUCCUCUCUCAAAAAACGCUCUAUAUCUCUCGAACAGACUACGAAAGAACAGAGCACCAUAUGGAUGUCGGUGGAUGAGGGUAGCGUAUCAUCUAUGCAAUCUUUAGAUGGGGAUCCAGAUUCACGUCAUUUCACGUUGCCUCGAGACUCCAGUCUCGAUAGUCGUCUAUCGGGCGGUUCCGCACAGAGCGAUGUAUUGCCAACGGAAAAAAAGAAAAAGAAAAGCAUCUUCGGAAAAUUAAAGAAACUAACAAAAUCUCGUUCCGUAGACGACCACGUCGAGAACGCAGAGGUUGUGGACUUUAGAUCCAUUGGCACUGUAUCACAGGGUUCCGACUCAGACAUGAGCGCAGCAGGAAGCAAACGAGAUUUACGGGGCCGAAUAUCAGAUAUGUUUAGUAGAAAAGGACAAGUAUCCCGCGCUAGCAGCAAGGAGCAGAGUCCGGAGCGCGGCGGGUCGGCCGCCAGCACGGGCAGCACGGUGCGCGCCGCCCCCACCCCCGCCACACCGAAAGAAACACGCGGUCCGCGGGCGUCAAGCGCAACACCGGGCACCAAAAGGAAAGGGAAAUAA